UGUAUACCCGUUGCUGUUGUUUGAGUGUGUGAGUAAGUUUUUUUUUUAGAGCCAAAACUUUGUGUGUGUGAGUUUUUUUUCUCCAAUUCAAUCAUAGUCGAAUGAUGUCGUCCUCGUCGUCGUCGUCGCCGAAGAAUUCUUCGUCAUCAUCAUCGUUUUCAAUACCUAUUGCCAAUAGACAUCAUCAUCAACAUCAACAUAGCCAUUAUAAUGAUCAUGAUGAUGAUAUUCAUCAUUGUUCCUCAAAAUCUAAACGUUUCCGUUCCAUAAUAACGGAACCAAUAUCCACAUCCUGGAAUAAUGAUGAUAUAGAUAUAUCAUUUAAAAACGAUUUUUCAACGGGCCAAAUUUUUGAGCCAUUUGUGCCAACAACAAAGCGACUACGUCGUGAGCAAUCUAAUUGCUGCGUAGUUACAUCGACGAGGGCGACGAAGAACAACGCUGCUGCCACCGCUACGAAUUAUACAGUCGACGUUGUUGCAGCUGCUGCCACCGCUGCUGAUAUCGAUAAAACCACCGCCUUUGUUGAAGGUCGAGAUAAAAACAGCGCCGACGAAUACGAUAGCUGUAAUAGCAGGAUCAGUGCUGCCAUCGAUGACGAUAGCUGUUGUAGCCGUAGCCGCCAUCUUUUUUCCUCACCACCGUAUACGACUGUGACGGUAUCAACAUCGAAUAGCGAUAAUGAACUUAUGAGCAAUGGUGAUUCUGGUUUUCAGGAACUACAGAUACCCGAUGAUUGUAUAUCCGCUGGUUCAGAUGAUAAAAAUAUUGUAAAUAAUAAUAAUAAUAAUAAUAAUUUAAAUGAUAAGAUGGAUGAUGCAAUAUCAAUGAACGGUGGUGAAAAUAAUACGACAAAUCUCAUAUCCAGAAAUCAAAUGACAAUGACAAAUAAAUCGGCAUCGGUUGCUGGAGAAUCGCCUGAUAGUGAUAACAUGGAUAUUAUAAUUAAACGACAACAACAACGAAUAUAUCAAUCAUCAUCGAAUAGUUAUCAGAAUAAUGAUGAAAUUGAUAAUGAUGAUGAUGAUGACGAUGAUGAUGAUGAUGAUGAUGAUAAUGAUAGCAUUAGUGAAUUUUCCUAUGCAAGUGAUCUUUCCAAUUUAAGCGGUGAAGAUUGGAAACCAAUAAAUAAAAAUAUCGAAUGGAUACAACGUCAAAUAGCGAAUGGAUCAAAUCCAAAAGAAAUAAUUGAACAUUUAACUGGAAGUGAAUUAAUAGGCGAAAUUGAUAAUGUUUAUGCAUGGCGUCUACUUAUUCGUAUGCUAUCCGAACCAUCUGUUCGACCUAAAUUAGACUAUAUCAAUACUAUUGAUGAUGUAAUUGAUUUGAUACAAAAUUCGAAAAAAAUUAUUGUAUUGACCGGUGCCGGUGUAUCCGUUUCGUGUGGUAUACCAGAUUUUCGUUCACGUAAUGGUGUUUAUGCACGUCUCAGUAAAGAUUAUCCCGAUCUUCCUGAUCCACAAUCAAUGUUUGAUAUUCAUUAUUUCAAAAAGAAUCCUUGUCCAUUUUUUAAAUUUGCUAAGGAAAUAUAUCCCGGACAAUUUCAACCAUCACCAUCACAUAAAUUUAUCAAAUAUCUUGAAGUUGAAGGUCGUUUACUUCGAAAUUAUUCGCAAAAUAUCGAUACACUUGAACAGACAGCUGGAAUCAAGAAUGUAAUUACAUGUCAUGGAUCAUUUGCUACGGCCACCUGUACUAUGUGUGGAUAUCGUUGCGAUUCGAAUGCCAUCCGAGAUGAUAUUUUUGCUCAACACAUACCUCUUUGUCCGCAUUGUGCACCAAAAAAUAAUAAUAAUAAUACAUUACAAAAUAUUCAUCAACAAUCACAUCAUUAUCAUCAUCAGUUACCGUCACAAUUAUCAUCAUCAUUAUUCAAUAAUGAAGACAAUAAUAGCCAACCAGAUGGCGUUACUAGUUCCGUUGGAUCUGGCCAAAAUUUACCCGUAAUGAAACCUGAUAUUGUUUUCUUUGGCGAAGGUCUUUCCGAUGAAUUUCAUAAUUCAAUGACAAUCGAUAAAGAUCAAUGCGAUUUAUUGAUCGUCAUUGGAUCGUCGUUGAAAGUUCGUCCAGUAGCAUUAAUACCUAGUUCUAUACCGGAAAAUAUACCACAGAUUUUAAUUAAUCGCGAACCAUUAAAUCAUUUGAAUUUUGAUGUAGAAUUAUUAGGCGAUUGUGACAUUAUCAUCAGAUAUCUUUGUAAACGACUUGGCGAAAAUUGGGCCAAAUAUUGUUAUGGUCAGAAUCCAAAUGGCAAUAUGGAAAAAUUGAAUGAAAUGUCAAAUCAAGAAAUUUCUAGCGAUAACGUUGAUAUUAACAGCCAGCAAUCAAAAGAAUAUGAGUUCAUUGCUCCAUCACGAUAUAUAUUCAAGGGUGCCGAAUUGAAUGAAGCAUUUGAUUCGGAUAGCAAUGAUGAUUCAGAUGAAGAUGAAAUUCAAAAUGUCGAUUACGAAGCGGAAAGUUUUGUCGACGAUGAUACUAAUGAUGAGAUUUCGGUCUCAAAUAGAUCUCAAGAUAUGCGAAUGAUGGUCGAUAACGAACAAUCAUUGGUCAUGAUGAAUGAAUCAAAUAGUGGCACGAGUUCGAAUGAAUUAUCUACGGACAAAGAUAAUCAAGAUGUGAUGAAAAUGGUACAAUCACCAGAAUCGGCUACAAAUCUAAUGAUGCCAUCAAUAAACGAUGAAUCGAUGAUGAUGGCUACCGAUGAAACUUGAUUUAUAUUAUUCAUUCGAAAGAAAAAUUCUAUUCAUUUCAAAUUCACUCAUGAACCAAAAUUCAUUUUAGUUAUGGAACUCAUUCACAUCAUUUUAAUGUUUUUAAAAUUAUAGA